CAACAAACAACAGGCAGAGCCCACAACACUUGCAGCGUCUUAAGUGCCAGCAGAAACAGAAAGUACCACAGAAAGUACUGCAGACUACUGCGACGGAGAACAGUACCCACUGCUCCCAGACUCUACAAGGGAGGCUAAUAAAUCUGUCGUUCCUCCGUGAAGACAACAAUGAGCGAACACAACCCGACAGCGGGCCUGGUGAACGCGUCGCCCUGCACGAUUGUGUCCAUGCUGAUCAGUCUGCGAGAGACCUUUAAAGCCAUAGAGGCAGAAAAUAUUAAAUUAAAGGAGGAACUGCUGGAAGUGAAAGCAGCGCUGCAAGAGGAACAGGAAGGAAGACUGAAGGCAGAAGGGGAAAUUGAGAGAAUAAAAACAGGCUUCCGAGAGAUAAUGAAAGCGCUGCAAGAGGAGGAAGGGGAGAUGUGCCAGUCAAUAAUUGACAGCCGCAAUGCAGAGAAGGAAGUGGAAAUAUUGAAAAAGGAAUUGUCACAAGUUAAGGAAGCCUUAGAAGAAGAGAGGAAAAGUAAAAAUCAGGCACAAGAAGAAGCGGCAAAUUUGAAGAGCAAAGCAGAAAAGGUCACGCACAAACUGCAGGAAGUGCAGAGAGAGUUAGAGCAGGAAAAAAAAGAUAAACCGAUGGCCGAGGAGGAAUUGGAAAAUCUAAAGAAAGCUCUGAAUGGCAAGAAACAAGGAUUUCAAGUUGCAGAAAUGACAGAGACAGCAAUGACAGCGAAAGACUGCAAAAAAGCACUGAAACAACUGAAAGAGCAAGAAAAAGCAGCAAAGAAGCAGCUGAAACGUGAAAUGAAGGCAGAGAAGAAGAAGUUUGAACUAGAAAUGAAAGCAGCGAAGAAGAAGCUCAAGCAGCAAAUGGAAGAAGAGAAGCAGCAGCUACGAAACAGAUGUGAACUCAAUUCUGUAAAUGCUUCAAACCAAUUCUGUAAAUACUUCAAAUCAAUUCUGUAAA